ACCGACAAUACGCUGCAUGACGCACACGGCUACAUCACUGCACACGCACAACAGCAAAUUACACCUCGCACUCGCAUGAUCUGUUAGUACCGACAGCUUCAUUGCAUUGACUGUCUUGGAUUCCCUAUUGGAAAUGGAGAUAAAUAUGUCGGCCGUUCUUGGCCCCAUUGUCUUGCUCUCUCUCUCUGUAUUCCUCAUCAACUCUCGCCUAGCAAUUUUACCCCGUUAUUUUCGCGCCACCUUCACCCUUGUCCUCAUACUUUACCUGCUCCCACCACGCGCCAUAGAUACCAUGUCGUCGCCCUCAGCCUCAACCCUCGCACUCGCCGAGGCCUUCAAGAACCGGCGGUCGACUCACACGCUGUCGGACGACAUCACUCUGCCCGACGCACGGAUCCAGGAGAUCAUCCACGACGCCGUAAAACACUCCCCAAGCCCCUUCAACUACCAGGGCAGCCGUGUCGUGCUGCUCCUCAAGGCCGAGCACCACAAGUUUUGGGACAUUGCACGCGAGGUUGCCCAGGCCAAGAUACCCGCUCAGGUGUUCAAGGAACGCUACGAGGCGCGCAUCAACAUGUUUCGUGCGGCGUACGGCACAGUCCUGUUCUUUGCUUCCGGUUCCAAGUUGAAGGAUUUGCAGACCCAGUAUCCGCUCCUCGUGGACCAUCUCCCCCAGUGGGAAGAACACAUGAGCGGGAUGCUGCAGUAUGCCGUCUGGAACAUGCUCACAUCCGAGGGCCUUGGGUGCAACCUCCAGCACUACAAUCCCAUGGUCAACACACGCGUCGCUGAGGAGUGGAAGCUCCCCGCCGACUGGAGUCUGAAGGCGCAGAUGGUGUUCGGCAAGCCGGUAGGCGAGCUGCGGGAGAAGACUUUUGAGCCGGUUGAGGGGACGCGGUUUUUUGUUCACGGCGUGUGAAGCGAGGAUAUAGGCCCUCCCCCCCCCCCGCGACCAGCAGCAUUGCCUUUGACACAUUAAAGUUUGCACUUCCGUUUAUAUAGCGACCUGGCUUUUAGAUUAUGAGAAACACAAAAGAUGCAUUGGGAACCGC